CAUUUGAAUCUCGAGUGGAAUGUUGUUUUUAUUUUUCGAAAACCAAAGCAAACAAAUGGUAAUUUCCACUGCAACUAAGGUCACGCCACUACAAUUUUCAUUGUCAUAUAUCUACAACAUGUUUGAUGCAGUUACAAGCUUUCUAACCUCUUAUGGCGGGUGGAUAAGCCUGUUAUUUUUUAUAACUGCGCUUAUUUACUGGUUUGGUGUUUCGGAGUUCGCUUUGAUAAGCCAAGUUCGCCUUCCAGGCCCGAAACCUUGGCCGUACUUUGGGAAUCUGAUUGAGGUCGCCCGAUAUGGCGGCUUGCACAAAGCGUUCAUAAUCUAUGGCAAGAAAUACGGCAAAGUUUACAAAAUGUACUUGGGAAGAAGUCCGAUGAUCACUGUGGCGGACCCAGAAAUGCUGAAGCACAUUCUAGUCAAAGACUUCCACAAGUUUCAAAACAGGCCUGACGUGAUGAGAGGAAACGCUCCAAUGGACAAAGGUCUGUUUGACGCUAGAGAUGAAGCUUGGAGAAGAGUCCGCUCCGUUCUUACGCCAACAUUCAGCGCUUUAAAAGUCAAAGAACUUGUUCCGCUUAUCGACGAUGCGGUUGGCAUCUUGCUGGGUAAGCUCGAAACGUUUGCAGCAAAGAAUGAGAGCAGUGUUGAUGUUAGCCGACUAUUUGCUCUGUUUUCCUUCGAUGUGAUUAUGCGCUCAGCAUUUGGUGUUGAGGCAGAAAUCCAAACAAAUCCUGACCCAGAUCUGUUGCAAAAGGCUUUGACUCUCUUCGACGUGCCACUUUACAACCGGGCUCUGUCCAUGUUUCCUUUUUGGCAGAAGGUCAAAAAACUCUUCGACAUAAAUCCCAUUCAGCAUGUUCGUUUCUUUGAGAAACUUAGCCGAAACGUGCUGGAAAUCAGGAAAAAGUCUCCCUCUGGAAGAAGAGACCUGUUUCAGCUUAUGCUCGAGGCGAAAGAAGAAAACGUAAACAGAACCCAGAAAUUGACAGAUGAAGAAAUCAUCGCACAAACCAUAGUCAUUCUGGCGGCUGGCUUCGAAACAACUGGAUCUACGUUGGCUUUUAUUGCCUACUACCUCACUCUUUAUCCAGAGAUACAAGCAAGACUACGGCAAGAAAUUGAGGAAGCCACCAGAUCACAUGACCAUGCCUCGACGUUGGACUUCAUCAAUGGUCUCGAAUACCUUGACCGAGUAAUUUCCGAAGUCUUACGAAUCAUACCGAUUGGAUUCGUGAACGUUCGUCAGUGUAACGAGUCUUGUGUUAUCAAAGGAGUGCAUUUCCCGGCGGGUGUUGUUGUAAAUAUUCCUUCGUACGCUGUUCACCACGAUCCAGCGUUCUGGCCUGAGCCAGAGAAGUUUGACCCAGACCGCUUUCUUCCGAGUGAAAUCAAGAAGCGGCCAUCUUUCUCUUAUAUGCCUUUUAGCCACGGGCCUCGCCAGUGUAUUGGCAUGCGGUUGGCACUUCUGGAGAUCAAGAUGGCGCUGGUCAAAAUCUUACAAAAAGUCAAGUUUGAGAGAGGAGUGGGAACUACUGAUACAUUAGAGCUGAAUGCUGCUCUUCUAUUACGAGCACGUGAUCCAAUCAGAGUGAAAGUUGUGCCCAUAUUAGAAAGUUUGUAAAGAAGCUGGAGUAAGAGUUAAGUAGCUAUGACUGCAGGGGGCUGGGGCCUAUGUUCCUUGAAAUAACAUCCAAAAGCCGCACAAUUAAGUUGCCUGUUCCGCAGAAUAUUCACACACAGCUCGAGCCGGAUAGUUCCUCAAAAUAUGACAACAAAAUACGAUAACUCUUUGCUCGCCCAAACCCUUGAAGGACCCUGUAAAGAAACUCGUAUAGUGGCUCUCACCUCUGUUAGGCUUAGUUAACUCCUGGGACCCGUUUCUCGAAAGCCCCGGAAACUUUUCGGGCCAGUAAAGCCAUUUUUAGUUCUUGUGU